AUGAUAGGUAUAUGCGGGAUUGGAGGUGGUGGAAAGACGGCUUUGGCAAGAGCAGUUUUUGACAAAAUAAGUUUCCAAUUCGAAGGGAAAUGCUUUGUUGAGAACAUCAGAGAAGUUACAAAUGCAUCGUUCUCUGGUUUGCAAUCGUUGCAAGAAAGAGUACUUUCCAGUGUGUUAAAUGAUAAGAGUUUCGAUGUUGGGAGCAUUCAUGAUGGGAAAAAGAUAAUGAAAAGGAUGUUGUGUGGUAAAAAGGUUCUUCUUGUUCUAGAUGACGUGGAUCACUUAGAGCAGCUGGAAGCAUUUGCUGGUGGGCUUAACUGGUUUAAACAGGGAAGUAGAGUUAUUAUUACAACAAGAGAUGAGCAAGUGCUCGAACACCGAAUGAAAUGGAUUCAUAAAGUCAAUUUGUUAUCAGAUUUGGAAGCAGUGUGCCUUUUCAGUAAGUAUGCAUUUGGUAGAGAUUUUCCAAUUCCAGCAUAUAAAGAUCUCACACUCGAAGUUGUACAUUAUGCUGCUGGUCUUCCCUUAACGAUCAGAGUUUUGGGUUCAUUUCUUUGUGGUAAAGAUGAGCUUGAAUGGAAAGACGCACUAGAAAGACUAAAAACGAUUCCAUUGAAGGAAACUAUUUAA